UGUGGGGAGGGAGCUCUCUCGCGAGGAAGGACGCCAUUAUCGCAGCCGCUCGACAAACACCACGAGAAUUCAGCACCGCACACGGGUUGCAUGACUUGCAAAAUCACUUCUCUGGGGACCUGCUGUGGUGUUUGACUGGAUAUUGUGGCCUGGUUCUGAAUGAUGUCAGAACAGGAUUUGGCAGAUGUUGUUCAGAUUGCUGUUGAAGACUUGACUCCAGAUAACCCAGUUGUGUUGGCAAAUCAUGAAGUGACAGAUGAUGAUGUAGAGCCUGGCCUGAAACGUCAGCGUAUAGAAAUUAACUGCCAGGACCCCUCUAUUAAGUCAUUCCUCUAUUCCAUUAAUCAGACAAUAUGCCUGCGCUUGGAUAGCAUCGAGGCCAAGCUGCUGGCACUGGAAGCCACCUGUAAAUCCCUGGAAGAGAAGUUGGAUCUUGUCAUGAACAAACAGCACAGCCCCAUCCAGGUCCCCAUGGUGGCAGGUUCCCCUCUUGGAGCUACCCAGACCUGCAAUAAAGUGAGAUGUGUUGUCCCUCAGACCACAGUCAUACUCAACAACGACCGACAGAAUUCGAUCGUAGCCAAGAUGGUUGGGCAGGAGGAGCCACUGAGCAGAGCAGCGGAUUCCCUGGAAAAUAUCCUGAGCAAUGCUGUUCCUGGACGUAGACAGAACACCAUAGUGGUGAAAGUCCCAGGACACGACGACAGUCACAAUGAAGAUGGAGAGAGUGGCUCUGAGGCCAGUGACUCAGUUUCCAACAGUGGACAAUUAGGAAGCCAAAGUAUUGGGAACAAUGUCACACUAAUUACUCUCAACUCUGAAGAGGAUUACCCCAACGGGACGUGGCUGGGAGAUGAGAACAACCCCGAGAUGCGGGUGCGGUGCCCCAUCACCCCUGCUGACAUGCUGCACAUCAGCACAAACUGCCGCACGGCUGAGAAGAUGGCCCUGACACUGCUGGAUUACCUCUUCCAUCGGGAAAUCCAGGCCAUCUCCAACCUCUCAGGCCAGGGGAAGCACGGGAAGAAGCAGCUGGAUCCUCUCAUGAUUUACGGAAUUCGCUGUCACCUGUUCUAUAAGUUUGGAAUCUCAGAAUCUGAUUGGUACCGAAUCAAGCAAAGCAUCGACUCCAAGUGCCGGACAGCCUGGAGGAGAAAGCAGAGAGGGCAGAGUCUGGCUGUGAAAAGCUUUUCAAGGAGAACACCUUCAUCAUCAUCUUACAGUGGUUCAGAGGGCUCGCAGAGUUCAGUUUCAGCUUCUAAUGAGAUCCAGCAGAACCAGCCCCAGGCACUACACUAUGCACUAGCCAAUGCUCAGCAGGUUCAGAUCCACCAGAUAGGAGAAGAUGGACAAGUCCAAGUAGGCCAUCUCCACAUAGCCCAAGUUCCUCAGGGGGAGCAAGUUCAAAUCACACAGGACAGUGAGGGAAACCUGCAGAUACAUCAAGUUCACGUGGGUCAAGAUGGGCAGGUGUUGCAGGGGGCUCAGCUGAUAGCUGUUGCUUCUGCUGAGCCUGCCUCGGGGGGUGUGGAUGGAUCCCCCCUCCAAGGGAGUGACAUCCAAGUCCAGUAUGUGCAGCUGACACCAGUGACAGACCACUCUGCAACUAACCAAGGCACUGACACCCUCCCAUCAGGGAUCCAGCCAGAGAUGCAGAUAGAACACGGAGCCAUCCAGAUUCAAUAAGAGAAUGGGGAAACCUCUGUCAGCCCAGGUGCCAGGCUCAGAAGUUAAGUGCUGUAGUGUUUGUGCAACACCAGGAGGAUGGACAUGUCUGUCAGACUCGUGGUCACACCUCAGGCAUCUGCAAACAGCAGAGUCCUGAGGAGCUGGUUGUCCUCACUGGGAAUAAAUCCAUCCCCUUCCCUGAAAUUGGAGCUGCAGCACGACAGGAGCUGAGGAGCUGGCCUUCAGAAAACAAAAAAAAAUGGGGCCUGCCCUUAGAUACAGUUACAGCAGGGAAAAAAAAUGAAAAAAAGAAAAAAAAAAAAAAAAGAGGGAAAGAAAUUUAAUGAAUCAAAACUGUGAGACUCAAUGUUUCAUCCUUGUUCAUUUCUUCUGUGAAAUACACCAUUUGAAUGUCUGCAGAUAUCUUAGGAAGUGUAUUGCUGCUCUGCAAUACUUACCACAUAUAGAAGAUCAAGAGCUCAAAUAUUUUUCACUGUUUCAACAGCUUUUUUUUUAUUUGCUAUGGUGUUUUUAACAAAAAUGGAAAAUAUUUAAAAAAAGAAAAUCCCAUAACUGCAAGUAUUAGACUUUUGCUGGUGUUUUCUGUUCAGUGUAAUGAAAAAUGUAUUUGCAGAAGAUUAACAAUUUUGUUUGUACUGUUGCUUAACUACUUUUCUAGGGGAAAAUGCUUUUAAAUGCUGUAAUUAUGCAUUUCUAAUGAAAAAUAAAUGUGUAUUUAUGAAUAGUGCA